CCGAAGCUCACAUUGCGCAGGCGUGAUCCAACCUGAGCCCUGCGAAUUGCAGUUAUAGCCUAGACUGUUCGUCGAGUCAGCGGCAACAGCCCAGUUUCCUUUAUCACAGACAGGAAUUUACUCCGGAAAAAUGCCGUCAAUAUCUACCCGUUAGUAGCGUUUCCCCUGCCAGACUGAGGCACGCAUGUAUCCUCGGCUGCUGCUGUUCUCCACGGCAUACAACAGAUUUCAACCUGUGGAUAGCGGGCGGAAAGAGCUGGGCACAACACUGCCGCUGUGCCCGCUUCAGACACAGCUAUCUGGGACGCUUCCCCAGAACUUGCUUCGCGUUUGGUCAGGGGAAUCUCUCCGCGGCGCAGACUGUGGUAGAGCAUUAUCUUUCGGCUUAUGAAUGGCCCUGGCAUGGAGGAAAUACCGUUUCAGAAAGUCAAAACCCGGCGGAAGAGAAGCCACUGUCCGCCCGGCGUUCAUCUUACCGCCAUCGCUUGCGAGGACGAGUUUGAUUGCAAAGAGCUUGAGUCCCUCUUCCACAACUACAACCUGAAGCUGGAGCAGACCUCGACCCUGAAAGCGCUGGCUGUACUUAUCAUCAUGGCUUUGACCCUGGCUGUGGUGGAGCUGCUCUCCGGUCCUAACCUCACCAUUGCCAAGGGGUCCCAUCCGGUGCACUGCAUUAUAUUCAUCUCGCUGUUCAUUGUGACCAAUGUCAAGUACCUGCAGGUGACCCAGCUACAGCAGAUCGUCAACCUGACCUUGCUGUUCAGUUUCACCUUCUCAUUCCUCAACUGCCCGUUUCCACACAGCACGGUGGGCAUGGAGCCGCCGACAGCUCCAGAGCAGGGCAUGUGGCAGCUCAUGCUGGUGACGUUCGUCGCCUACUCACUCCUGCCUGUUCGGACACUCUUGGCCAUUAUUUUCGGCGUUAUGGUUGCCAUAUGUCACAUCAUUGUUACUGCCACGUCGGUGACAGUGAAAAGGCAGAAAUUGUGGAGAACGCUGGUGGCCAACACGGUGCUCUUCACAAGCGUCAACCUGUCGGGGAUGUUUGUGCGCAUUCUCACCGAGAGAGCCCAGAGGAAAGCCUUUCUGCAGGCGCGCAACUGCAUCGAGGAGCGCUUACGCAUGGAGGAUGAGAAUGAGAAACAGGAGCGUCUCCUGAUGAGUUUGUUGCCCAGGAAUGUGGCUAUGGAAAUGAAAGAAGACUUCUUGAAGCCCCCCGAGAGGAUUUUUCACAAGAUCUACAUCCAGCGGCACGACAAUGUCAGUAUCCUGUUUGCUGAUAUAGUGGGCUUCACCAGCCUGGCCUCCCAGUGCACGGCGCAGGAGCUUGUCAAGCUGCUGAAUGAACUCUUUGGGAAGUUUGACGAGCUGGCCACGGAGAACCACUGCCGGCGCAUUAAGAUUCUAGGCGACUGCUACUACUGUGUGUCAGGCCUGACCCAGCCCAAGACCGACCACGCCCAUUGCUGUGUGGAAAUGGGCCUGGACAUGAUCGACACCAUCACGUCGGUUGCGGAGGCGACGGAGGUGGACCUGAACAUGCGCGUGGGGCUGCACACUGGCCGGGUGCUCUGCGGGGUCCUGGGGUUGCGCAAGUGGCAGUAUGAUGUCUGGUCCAAUGACGUGACGCUAGCAAACGUGAUGGAAGCUGGGGGACUGCCUGGGAAGGUCCACAUCACCAGGGCCACGCUGGAGUGCCUAAACGGAGACUACGAAGUGGAGCCGGGCAAUGGCAAAGAGAGGAAUGCCUUCCUGCAGAAACACGACAUCGAAACUUUCUUCAUAGUGCCAUCUCACCGCAGGAAGAUUUUCCCUGGCCUGAUCCUCUCCGACAUCAAGCCUGCCAAAAAGAUGAAGUUCAAGACAGUGUGCUACCUGCUGGUGCAGCUGAUGCACUGCAGGAAGAUGUUCAAGGCUGAGAUCCCUUUCUCCAAUGUUAUGAACUGCGAAGAUGGAGACAAAAGACGGGUGCUGCGCUCAGUGCCGGAGAAGCUGCGAAACCGGACGUCGGUGUCGGCCAACGUUACGCAGAGCAGCCCGGGCACGCGGGUCAACCGCUACAUCAGCCGGCUGAUCGAGGCACGCCAGACAGAGUCGAACACCACAGACCUGCACUUCCUCACGCUCAUGUACAAGAGCUCAGAGAGGGAACAUAGGUACCACCAGCUCCAUGAUGAGUACUUCACCAGUGCCGUGGUGCUGUCUCUGCUACUCGCUGCCUUGUUUGGACUCAUUUACCUCCUCAUCAUUCCACAGAGGACAGUGGUUCUAGGGCUGCUUGUCUUCUGCAUCUGUUUCCUGGUGGCUUGUAUCAUGUAUUUGCAUAUCACUAGUGUACAGUGUAUCCCAGGGUGCCUCACCAUCCAGAUCCGAACGGCUCUGUGUGUGUUCAUUGCGUUCUUAAUCUACGCCAUGGCCCAGGCUUGUGUGGUGGGCUGCAUGCCGUGGGUGUGGAGCUCCAACUCCACCAGCUCCAUCAUUAUUAUCGACAUGGAUCGGGCGGGCGCAACCAUCUGAAUGGACGAAGUUGCCCGCGAUGGCUCCGCCACACCUUCCUGUCCCAUGCAGGGCACGCUGACGCUGGCGCUGUUCCUGCGCGUGUCCUGGCUCCCCAAGAUGGUGCUGCUCGUGCUGCUCAGCGUCUUCUACAUCACCGUAUUGGAGCUGAGCGGCUUCCGCAAGACCUCUGUGGGGGUCGGCGUGGGCUACUUCCAGACGCAGGGCCUCGAACCUCUCCUCUCUCUGCUGCUCUUCUCAAGCGCCUUGGCCCUGCACUCCAGACAGCUGGACCUCAAGCUCAGAAUGGACUUCCUUUGGGCCACACAGGCGGAAGAGGAAAGGGAUGGGAUGGAGAAAGUCAAACUGGACAACAAGCGGAUCCUGUUCAACCUGCUGCCGGCCCACGUGGCCCAGCACUUCCUCAUGUCCAACCCUCGGAACAUGGACCUGUACUACCAGUCCUAUGCCCAGGUCGGAGUGCUGUUUGCCUCCAUUCCCAACUUCAAUGACUUCUACAUUGAGCUGGAUGGAAACAACAUGGGCGUAGAAUGCCUGCGACUGCUAAAUGAGAUUAUUGCCGACUUUGAUGAGCUCAUGGACAAAGAGUGUUACAAGGACAUAGAGAAGAUCAAAACCAUUGGCAGCACUUACAUGGCAGCAGUGGGACUGGUGCCCACCAUUGGAACCAAGGCCAAAAAGUCUGCGACCACACAUCUAAGCACAGUGGCGGACUAUGCCAUUGAGAUGUUUGAUGUUCUAGAUGAAAUCAACUAUCAGUCCUAUAACGAUUUUGUCUUGCGAGUUGGCAUCAAUGUGGGGCCUGUGGUGGCUGGGGUCAUCGGGGCAAGGAGGCCGCAGUAUGACAUCUGGGGGAACACUGUGAACGUGGCCAGCCGCAUGGACAGCACAGGAGUCCCUGGCAAGAUCCAGGUGACCGAGGACGUCUACCGCAUGCUGAAGAUCAACUACGACCUGGUGUGCCGGGGCAAAAUCAGCGUGAAAGGCAAAGGGGAGAUGCUCACCUACUUCCUGGAGGGCAAGGCCCAGGGUCUGGGAAACCAACCAUGCUCAUCCAGCCUGGAGAGACGGCCGCCCGCCUGCGGCCGUGGCAGCAUCAGAACCAAGGCGGGCAGCAUCUCCUCCGUGACCAGCAGCUUCACCACGCGUGCCAGCAUGAGUACCAUCCAGACCUCAGCGGGCAACAGCAGUGCCACCCCUGUCCUGCACCUGCCCUCCACCUGCGUGCCCUGCCUGGAGGCGGAGGAGGAGGAGGAGCAGCAGACGGAGGAGGAGGACGCGGAGGUGUAGGACAGACAGAGAGCACAUCUGAGAGAGAGAGAGAGAGAGA